AGGAAGAACAUUUUAUCCGCAUUUUCAAACUUCCUGGUUCGGUUAUUAUAAAGGAAAUAAUUUAGUAUUCAUUUUCCGUGGAUUUCUUGAGUUUUUUUGUGGUUUUAUGUGUACUCAACAUAAACGACAAUGCCCGUGUUGCACAAAAUUUAAGUUUCCACAUUCAAAUUCUACGUCAAGGCUUUUUGUAUGCCUGUGGGAAACCACCAACAUACAUAGUGAGAGUUGAGGAAUAACUGGUGGCAGUGGUGGACCAUUAAAGGGGGUGCAACAUGCCGGGAGAGACUACGCUAGGGCCGGAGAACAGACCGGUGACGAUGCAGAACUGGUUGGCGGGGACCAUUGUUGGGACCAUGGUGACUAUUGUUCUGAUGAUGUUCGUUCCUGGAUGGCUCGUCUUCACCGACGAGAGCACAAAUUUACGCGUGUACGUGAGUAUCUACUACUGGUAUGUAUGUAGAGAGGGGAACAUCACGUGUGGGGCGUACGGAGUGGGUCAGCCCGAUGCCUACAGAUAUAUCAAAGACACAAACGCCACGCCGGAGAACACAGUGAUGUUGGUUUCUGUAGAUAUGAUCGUCUGCAUCCUGUGUGCACUUGUCGUCCUUGGCGACAUGGCGGGAAAACAGCCUCGGACCACGUGGUGGAACAAUCUCAAACUAGGAAUCCUCAUCUUUAUCAUUUUCGUUCUCAACUUGAUCAUUAUUGGACUGUUUGGCCACAGCAGUAUAAGUCUUGCAGAAAACCCCGCCCUGGUUGUGUCGGUGCCUUAUUCCUUAUUGAUCCUAUCCCUAGCGGUGCUGGUGACGCUCCUAGAGUUCUCCUUCCUGAUUUACCUCCACCACCUUUCCACAGCCGCCUACCACAACCUCCCCAGUACCUCAAUAGAGGAUGAGGACGAGGAGGAGAAUCAACCGAGCACCAGCGCCAGUCAGCCUAGCAUCAACAGACCGUUCUAAACAAGCUCCCGCAGAUUUAUUAUAACAAUAGAUUUACUUUCAUCAAAAAUUUUCAUUUUGGGUGAAUGAUGGUCUACUUUUUUAUAUAGUACAUACAUUACUGUACUGAAUGCUUGUUAAUCCCAAGUGUGAGCAAGUUAGUUGUAAAUUCAAUACAUACACAGGAACUACUGGGUAUACUCUCCACAAAUAAACCCUCUUUUAAUUGAUGUACACGUACCGAAUGUUC